CUCGCGUGGAGUUGGAGUCUAAAAAAUUCUAGUAAUGUGGUAGAUUAUUAACCUAGUCUCAAAUUAGAUCUAGCUCGUUGUACAAGAAAAGAAAUUCCGAACUCCGUAUGAAAAAGAAGAAGAAAGAAAAAUUUUACACUGGUGUGGACGUCUCUCGCUCACUCCAUCGAGUAGCUGGAUUUCUAAACCCGGUGUAGGCUAACCGGUUGAUAUACCCGUCGCUCUAAUUGGUAAGAUUGUCAGCUACAUCAAUAGAUUGUGUUAGACAGAGAGGAUUCAUAGCAAAAGAAAAUGGCAGGGAAUUCUUUGAUAAAUUUUUCCGCAAAUUCUACUAUUUUGCACGUUGUGCCCAGUAGGCGAAACAGUCAGGUGAAUUUCUUGCCAUUUUUGAGAUCUCCAGAAAGGCCCAAAGGUAGAGUCUUUAGCGUAAAAGCUGUGUCUGCAGAUGCUGGUCAUAGUCAGGAGCAGACACAAGAACAACCCGGGUUAGAUUCUCACCGCAGAAGUAUGUUUUCUAAUGUUUUGGAUGUGCCGAGGAACAUUUGGAGGCAGACUCUGAGACCGCUGGGCGAUUUUGGGUUCGGGAGAAGGAGCAUUUGGGAAGGAGGGGUAGGGUUGUUCCUGGUUUCCGGUGCAAUUUUGUUGGCACUCAGCUUGGCCUGGUUGAGAGGGUUUCAGUUGCGGUCAAAGUUCAGGAAAUACUUGGCUGUUUUCGAGUUUGAGCAUGCUUCUGGAAUCUGUACAGGCACGCCUGUUAGGAUCCGAGGGGUGAAUGUUGGCAAUGUUAUUAGGGUUAAUCCAUCAUUGAGAAGCAUUGAAGCCGUUGUUGAGGUUGAAGAUGACAAGAUAAUCAUACCUCGAAAUUCCUUGGUUGAGGUGAACCAGUCAGGCCUUCUCAUGGAAACUAUGAUCGAUAUUACUCCCAGAGACCCAAUUCCAACUCCUUUAGUAGGGCCUCUCGAUCAAGAUUGCCUCAAAGAAGGUUUAAUUGUAUGUGACAGGCAAAAGAUGAAGGGGCAUCAAGGGGUAAGUUUAGAUGCAUUGGUUGGGAUAUUCACUCGCCUUGGUCGUGAAGCAGAAGAAAUAGGUAUUGCAAAUACAUUUUCCUUAGCUGAAAGAGUUGCCUAUGCCAUUGAGGAGGCUCGUCCUUUACUCGUCAAGAUCAAAGCCAUGGCUGAAGAUGUUCAACCUUUAUUGACUGAAGUUCGUAGUAGUGGAUUAUUGGGCGAAGUAGAGAGUUUGACAAAAAACUUGACACAAGCUUCUGAAGAUCUAAGAAACGUGCAUUCGUCUGUAAUGACUCCUGAAAAUACAGAACUAAUGAGGAACUGGUUAAAUACGCUGGUUUUCACUCUGAAGAACAUUGAGAAUAUAAGCUCGGAUGUUUUAGGGUUCACUGGCGACGAAGCCACCAGACGGAACCUGAAAAUGCUCAUCAAAUCACUCAGCAGGCUAUUGUGAGAACCCAGAAGCUUAUGCGCCACACUUGAAUCUUUGAACUAAUUGAAUCCGAAGUUUGAACUGCAUCUGCAGCAUGCAUCUGAUUUGGACGGAUGAUCAUCUGCUGGAGACAGAACUGUUUCGCGCAAAUUGUUUAGGUACUUUGGUGAUGUUUAGAAGAUCAACACACAACUCUUCCUUUGUAUCCCCCAUUGCUUCUCUUUUAGCUAAAGCCGUGAAGAUUACUCAACUCAUUCUUGUGUAUUCAUUUUUUUUAAAUUAUAAUCUUAAAUUUCAUUACAAUCAAAGUGCAAAUCAUAAAUAAAUCAAAGAGCAAAUC